AUGGAGGCCCCGACGAAGGAUGUCCCAACGAAGGAUGUCCCAACGAAGGAUGUCCCAACGAAGGAUGUCCCAACGAAGGAUGUACCCACGAAGAAUGUACCCACGAAGGAUGUACCCACUCCGUACGACAAAAUAAAGUACGAGUUUUCCGACGUGAAGUACACUGUUGAUCAUGGGAAGUUGGAAAUUCUUCACGGAAUAAAGGGCAUCCUCCUUCCCCAAACGAUCACAGUGAUAAUGGGCCCCAGUGGAAGCGGGAAGACAACUCUGCUGAAUAUUCUGUCAAUGAAAGUGACGGAGGGCGUGGAAGGAAAAUUCCUUAUUAACGACAGCAACAGGAGCAAGAGUAUAAAGAGCUAUAUGGGAUACGUUCUGCAGGAUGAUUACUUCUUCUCAAGAUUAACAGUAUACGAAACGAUAGAGUUUACCGCCAAACUGAAAUUAGACAUUAGAGAUAAGGGAAAGUUACGGGAAUUGGUUCACUCGGUGUUGGAUAUAAUGAGCCUAACCCAUGUAAAGGAUACCAUAGUAGGGGAUGCCUUUGUAAGAGGAAUAAGUGGAGGACAAAGAAAAAGGCUCUCCAUUGCAAAUGAAAUUUUGUCGAACCCACCUUUACUCCUCAUGGAUGAACCAACAAGUGGACUAGACUCAUCAUCAGCUUUAUCCUUAGUAGAGUGCAUUCAGAGAAUAGCUACCAUUUCGAAUACAACCAUCAUAUCGUCUCUUCAUCAGCCAAGUAGUCAAGUAUUCGGGAAAUUCGAUAGGCUCAUCGCAAUAACUAAUGGGUACAUAAUAUAUCAUGGGAAGACAACACAUUUAAGUAAGUAUUUAAAAAAGGUUGGCUUCAUCUGUCCUUACGGGUGGAAUAUCGCAGACUACCUCAUGGACGUAUUAUGCAACAUAAAAUACGAAUCCAUCUUGUUGGAGAAUUAUAAUAAGUAUCUUCGUUAUGACAAGGAAGUAGGUUACUACAUGGACAUCGACUCCAUUGAUAAUCAAGUUAUCCAUGAUGAUUACGAUUCCUUAUUAGCUAAGGAAGGAAAUGAGAGUAAGGAUCUACAAAGCAACAACAAAUCACCACUCUUGAUACGGAAAAACACUUCAAAAAUUUCUAUACAAGAAAUAAACAACGCAAGGGAACAGGAUUUGGAAAAGCUGAAAGCAGUAGAAGUGUUAAUCUCUUUGCAAGAAAAAAAAACGCCAUAUAUUAGACAGAACUUUUUUCUGUUCACAAGAGGAUUGAAAAAAAUAAUAAUUGAUGAAAUAACGAUAGUGAAGGUUAUCGACUUGGUUGUUAUUCUAACCUUGUUUGGUUUUCUAUGGUCAAAAACAUUUAAGAAGGAUACAGAAGAUGGAAUCAUUGAUACUAUUGGGGCCAUUUUCUUUAUUCUAUCUUACUGGACAUUCUACCCGGCUUAUCUAUCCUUGUACUCCUUCCCUUCAGAGAGAGAAGUCAUAGCCAAAGAGAGGAAUAUGAAAACGUUCCAAGUGAGCAACUAUUUUUUUUCCAAACUGUUUGUAGAAUUUAUUUUUUUCUUCACACUAAUUGCCUUUUGGAUUUUAAUUACACAUCUCAUUUUAUACGGGACGCUGAAAUUAGGUGUGUAUGUAAGUUAUGUGCUGGUAACAUUAUUGAAUGCACUCAUCAGUAGUUCACUGGGGUACUUUAUAUCUACUCUUUUUGAUAAUUUUAGCAAGGCUGUUAGUUUUCUUUCUGUUGUUUUACUAACCAUGACACUUACGAAUGGGUUUUAUGUAGAGAUAGCGAAAUUGCAAGUACCGUUUAGAUACCUCCAAUGGUUGUCUUACCAAACAUACUCCGCCUCAGUGCUAGCUAAAAUCAAGUUCGAUAACGCACUUAUUCAAUGCUCGGAGGAUAACCUUUCCACUGUCUGCCAAACGGUGGGAUCUUUUCCAGGCAACGUCAUCAUAGAGAAGCGGUUUGCUACGUUGCACAUUUCGUAUUCCGUCUUCAUGCUCAUCAGCUUCUACGUGGUGAUCAAGGCGGCAACGUACGCGUCGUUGCGUUGGUCGCAUGCUCUCAGGAUGAAGUGA